AUGUCGAGCGCCCACCUGCCGCGGGGGCGGCGGGACUCUCCGGUGCCCCCGGCUCUGGAGCGGCGGAGCCUGCUGGCGGCGCGGCUGCACGGCACGGGCCAGAGUCGGUUCCCGCUCCACAGGCUGGUGGUGGUGGCGCAGCUGGGCGAGGGGGCCGAGGCGGCGGCGGUCACAGGUGCGUGCCCGCGGCGCUGGGUUGCAGGAGGGGCCCUGUGGGGGUUUGGGGCGGCCUGUCCAUAUGACAAACUGCCGAUUUUACUUUUGGCAGGUUACCACAAAAGCCUGUUUGAAAAUGCAUUAAAAUGCCACUCAGGAGAACCAGUCUCAGGUCUACUUCUUCUGUAUUCCAGUUGUGUUCUUCAUGUAAUAGAGUCUUGCAUUGGUACAAUACAUCUUAUCAUCCAAGAUUUAGCUUCUCUCCAAAAUCAAGGACAUAAGAUGGAAUUCACCUUUCCACUCAGUGCUUUACUCCAGGAAAUUAAAGUUUUAGUGGUGUCGCAUAACAUCCCAGCCAGACUGUUCCCAGACUGGUAUGCUACAACAGUGACGCCUCCUGUGACUUAUCUACAAGAUGCAACACAAUCACAGUCUACAGUAGAGGUAGUCACAGAGUGUCUUACUCUCCUCUUCAAACUGGCAGCUUAUGUUCCAAGAAUGUUUGAGGAUGACAGUGAAGAUCUGAGUAACAAUCUACAUACUCUUGCACCUGAGCUGCUAAUCCCAGCAGAGACAAUUAACUAUUUGUGUAACAUUGAGGAAUGUGCAAAUCCAGAAGAAUUUCUGAAAAUGUAUUUAAAUCCUUUACAGCCUGCUAUGGAUUCAGAAACUGUAUGGCCUGCCCCAUCACAUUUCUUUGCAUGA